UAACUCCACAAAUCUACAACCAAAAGCAGGCGCCAACAAACGGGACCACAAAACAACGACAGCGAGAGCUCGGGUAAAACGAAAGCUCCCGGCGAGGAUCGAACUCGCGACCUUUCGCUUACGAAGCGAACGCACUACCACUAUGCUACGGAAGCCGCUGUUGAAAGAAGGAUUCAAGAUUAUCUUUUUAAACCCUAACUAAAUGCAUCAAUAAAAUUCAAAACCCCAACGAAAACCACAAUCGUAGCAGUAGCAGCCAAGCAGGGCGGAGAUGUGCGGAAUCGCAUUGAUUGUCUCUGCCAUUCGCAUCACCUCAUCCUCCUUAACAUCCCCACCUCCUGCAACUGAGAAACUGUCGUUCUCCGUGGAUGACGUCAAGGAAGCUCUCCGGAGAAGGGGUCCCGACAGUUUAGGUGUAAAGAAAGUCUCCCUGCAACGCAGCGUUUUGGGGAGAAACCAUAUCUCAUCUUCCUUCAUAGCAGCAGGUGAUGAAGGACACGGAUUCUGUUCUCAAGGGAAUGAUGAUAAUGGAGAAUGUACGGCGCAGCUUCAUUUCAUUGGUGCAACUUUGCAGCUCAGGGGAAGCAAUCCUCUUGUUCAGCCUCUCGUAGAUGCAUCUGGAAAUGUUCUUGUGUAUAAUGGUGAGAUUUUUGGAGGACUUGACAUUGCAAGUGAUUGCAAUGAUGCUGAAUUCCUCUUGCAAACUCUAGGAAGGUGUUGCUCCUGUGGUUAUUGUGCUACCGCCCAGUGUGCUAGAAGUGGGAAGAGUACUGUUCCAGAUGUUCUUUCUACUAUUAAAGGGCCGUGGGCUAUCAUCUAUUGGCAGGAUAGUUCACGGACUCUCUGGUUUGGCCGAGAUGCAUUUGGUAGAAGGAGCCUCCUUGUUCACUGGCCUACACAAGAUGACUCCACCUUCCUGCUUUCUUCUGUCUCACCUAUUUUUCCUACUGAGCAGACCUCUGAGUAUGAAACACAUAAUGGACUCAGUUGUCCUAGUUACUGGGAGGAGCUACCAUGUGGGAUAUAUAGUCUGGAUGUGGAUGGUUCAAAAUCAAAUGGACAUAUGGCUGGUGAGCUCAAGCUACAUGAAUACACAAAUUCCAUGUUAAAGGAACUUAUUAAGUGGGAGAGAACUUCCAUUGAACCCAACUCUGAAGACCUGCAGAUAUACAAAUGCUCAACUCAGUCAACAAUUCCAGUGCCAGCUCAUGUUUUGCUAAAUGCUUUACACGAGUCUGUGUUGCGGCGUACUUCAAUGUAUACAAUAUACCAGGCAGCAAUAUCGAGUACUAAAGAAGAGAACUUUGUUCCUGUGGCCAUUCUUUUCUCUGGUGGUCUGGAUUCUAUGAUACUUGCAGCAUUAUUAGAUCAAUGCCUAGAUCAAAGUUAUCAAAUUGAUCUACUUAAUGUAAGCUUUGAUGGUCAGUUUGCUCCAGAUAGAAUAUCUGCCAAGGCUGGGUUAAAAGAACUGAAAAGAGUUGCACCUUCCAGAAGGUGGAGACUUGUGGAGAUUGAUUCUGAAUUGUCAGACUUGGUGUUCGAAACUAGUCAUGUUAUGUCACUCAUAAAUCCUGCUAAUACCUACAUGGAUCUUAAUAUUGGAAUAGCUUUAUGGCUCGCUGCUGGUGGUGAUGGAUGGGUGUCUGGUGCAAAUAUAGAUGAUAAUGAUGAUGAAAAUCCUGCACGAGCUAAGUAUAAGUCCAGUGCAAGGAUUCUCCUUGUUGGUUCUGGCGCUGAUGAACAAUGUGCUGGGUAUGGUCGACAUAGAACAAGUUAUAGUCGAGGAAGUUGGCUGGGGCUACACGAAGAAAUGAAACUAGACAUGCAAAGAAUCUGGAAAAGAAAUUUAGGGAGAGAUGAUAGAUGUAUUGCUGAUAAUGGAAAGGAGGCUAGAUUUCCAUUCUUGGAUGAGGAUGUGAUUAGGGUUUUGCUCAACUUUCCUUUGUGGGAGAUUGCCAACCUUGAUCAACCUAGUGGCAUCGGUGAUAAAAGGAUUUUAAGAGAGGUUGCAGCAUUGCUUGGUUUGAAUGAGGCAGCAAUUCUGCCAAAACGGGCAAUCCAGAAAUCUACAAGAACUCGUUUUCUACUCAGCUAUUUGUCCUUUUCAAAUGUCAACGAGAAACUUGGUGCUCUUCCCCCAAGGAUGAGUUAUGUGAGUUGGAGUUUUGGGGGGAAAGGCUUGAAUAUUGCAGAGGAUUUCAUCUUACUCUUAAAGUCAAAGACCUUCUGUUUCCCCCAUUUUCCUCCAAGAUCCCAACUCGCAAAUACACCCUUCGUAAUAUUUCAACAACACUUGGAGGGGAUGCAACACCACUGCAGUUUGGCUCUAGAAUUGCAAGGGAAUCAAAUCGAAAGAACUUUGGGAGUAAUCGAGCAGCAAAUCAGGCUUCUGCAGGCAGUGUUAGGAUUGAUAAAAGAUCGAACUAUAGUUGAUCCCUUUAGGUCUCAAGUUAAUUUUCUAAUAUAUUUAUCAUCAAUAGACCACACGUGUCUGGGCCAUUACAAAUGCCUGCCCAUUUAAAAAAAUUGUUUAAACCGUUUGGGUAAGUAGAUAUUGGGUUUGUUUAUUUGCGAGAAGAAUUUUUGUCAGAAGUAGAAGUAGAAAAAUAUUUUGUAUUUGAAUAUAUUUAUAGAAGUUUUUUCUAUUAGCAUUAGAAACAGUUGCAAAUAUAUAAAUUGUUUUAAUAAAAU